ACUGAAGCAUGUGUUGCACACAAGAAUAUUACAGAAAAAGUUGACCCCCCUGAUCGUCAAUGUAUAAUUCACACCGUUUAUAAUCACAUACUCAUUAUCAUUUGUUGUUUGUGUGUGAAUCAGCUGGAAGACACGCUGUGGGCCGGACUGACAGAUCUGAACAUAAAGCUGCCCAUGGGCAUCACAGCAGAAAACCUGGCAGAGAAAUACCAGAUCAGCCGUGAGGAGUGUGACCAGUACUCGCAUCAGACGCAGCAGCGCUGGAAAGCAGCUCACGAGGCUGGAUAUUUCAGCGCUGAGAUCGCACCCAUUGAAGUCAAAGCCAAGAAGGGGAAAGUGUCCAUGACGUUUGAUGAACACCCUCGUCCACAGACCACCCUGGAGCAGAUGGCAAAACUGCCCACUGUCUUCAAGAAAGGGGGAACCGUCACUGCUGCCAAUGCUUCGGGCGUGUCUGAUGGAGCCGCUGCCGUGAUUAUAGCCAGUGAGGAUGCAGUGAAGGCUCACAAACUCACCCCAUUGGCUAGAAUCGUGUCCUAUCACACCUCAGGUUGUGAUCCCAGCAUCAUGGGAAUUGGGCCUGUACCUGCUAUCACAGAAGCUCUGAAGAAGGCUGGACUCUCAAUCAAAGACAUGGACCUGGUGGAGGUGAAUGAAGCGUUUGCUCCUCAGUAUCUCUCAGUGGCCAAAUCUUUAGGUUUGGAUCCCGAGAAAACCAAUGUUAAUGGAGGAGCCAUCGCUAUCGGGCAUCCGCUCGGGGCCUCGGGGACCAGAAUCACUGCACACCUCGUCCAUGAGCUCAGGAGACGCGGUGGAAAAUAUGCGGUCGGCUCCGCCUGCAUCGGUGGAGGUCAAGGAAUCGCUGUCAUCCUGGAAAACAUUAAAUAAGCACAACAAAGACAGGUUAUUGCAAACAAAUCAAGUCGAACAUCAAAACUAUCCCUAAACAUGUCAAGCUGUCCAUCCACCCACAUGCAGUUUUGCUUAUUCGGGAACACUUUACAAUAGGGUUCUAUUAGUUAAUGUAUUUACUAACAUGAACAAACAGUGGACAAUACAUUUAUUACAGUGUUUAGUCACUCACAGUUAACUCAGAGUGCAUAACUAAUAUUAUCAACCACAACUUUGGAUUAAUAAUGCAUCAUGUUGAACUAUGAUUAGUAAAUGCUGCACAGUAUUGUGCAUUAUUAGUUAAUGAUCAUAAAUACAUGGACUAAUGUAACCUUAUUGUUGUAAUGAGCCAUGCAAAUGACUUUACCCACUUAAAGCAGUGAUUUCUGAGCAGAUUUAGGAUGUUUGGUUAGACUUACAGUGCCUUACUGUAGUUUUACAUCUGUGCCAAUAUAAUCAGACAUAUUGUGCUGGGUCAACAUCUGCAGAAUAAUAAUGUCACUGAAGCUUCUGAUUGUGCCGUGUUGAUGUUUUUGUAUAAAAUGUUGACUAAAAUAAUGUUGAAUUCACUCAUUUGACUGUUGUUGACAAUAAAGAAUCAGCUGUAUGCUGCUAUGCUUUGAAAAGAC